UUCGCCGCACAAUGAUGAUACGAUUAUUCGCAGGCGUGACAUUAUCAUUACCGCUUUUCCUGCUUAUAAUUGGUUCUACCCUCACCGAGGCUCAAAUCGAAGGGAGAUCAUGUGUAGCUAAUCAAACAAUGGGCGUUUAUAAACGUCUCAAACAGUGUCCAUCGCUUUAUCAGAAAUGGUUACAAACAACCCCUGCGGCAAACGUGCCCGAGGAUGGUAUAUGGUGUUGUCCAAAUGAAGCAACUAGUAAUCGUUUACGGUCAAUAAGAGAAGCACCUACGCCCGAAAGCUAUGCCAAAGCAAAAGCAAAAUGUGAAGAAUAUUCGAAAUUGGCGGAAGCACGACCAAAAAAAUUUUCGAUUGUGGCUACAGUUGGUUUCACUCCCGGUUAUGGCACUUACUUCCUUUGCAGUGGCACCGUAAUUUCCCCAAGAUUUGUUCUAACCGCAGCUCAUUGUACUUAUGGAUACGUUUACAGUACUGGCGUAUCAGAUUUUUGGGUUCGAGUAGGUGAUGCGGAUCUAAACUGGACACACAACGACAAAAAUGCACAACAAAUCCGAGUUAUCGAGAGGAUAAUACACCCCUUAUACAAAGGAUUUGGCAAAUAUCACGAUAUUGCCCUUCUCAAGUUAGAGAAGGACAUAGAUUUCAACGAGCGAGUGAAGCCUGCUUGUUUGCCUUACUCUUUGCCGGAUAACGCUGCACCUGAAGUAACUGCUAUUGGACACGGCAUUGGUUACUUUUACGGUCCCAACGUGUCAAAAAAACUAAUAAAAGCUAUUCCGAUAUUGGUAACUCUAUUAGAAUGCAAUGACACCUACAAAGAAGUAUUGCCAUCCGGUGUUAUGGCUGAUUCGCAACUUUGUGCUGGUCAAAAGAAAAUAAAUAUUUGUUUGGCUUCCGGAGGACCACUGCUUACUGUUAACAACGAUCACCCCCGUAUGUGCAGCUUAAUCGGUAUCACAAGUAUGGGAAAAGAUUGCGAUGGUGCUACUCCCGUUAUAUAUACUCGCGUUUACCAUUACGUUCCAUGGAUACAAAGCAUAGUUUGGCCGAAUUCGUAAUAUACUGUACCAAAAUGCACUGUUAAAAAUCAAUUUAAAAUAAGCUAUUGAUAGUAUAACGCCGAUACAAUUAUAGUAUUAAUGUUUCAUGUACACAUCGGAGAACAGCAAUGGUCAUACAGUCAAUUCAUAUGGUCAUAUUUCAAAAUCGACUUUGGGUAACAUGAAAUGAAAGACAUGUCGAAUUAUACAGAACUUCAAGCAGUACUUUAUAUGAUUAAUCUUUUAUAGUAAUAAAUAUUAUUAC